AGGUACCCGAUUUGUUUUCAAGGUUGGCUAACAUGAUAGCAGUAAGUAGAUAUGACGAAUGAAUUGGGCUGUGGGUGCUAAUUGUUACCUACUUCGGGCUGUUCUCACACAUGGAAAAAACUGGGACCUUGUCAGUGAGUCAUUAAGAACGUCUUGCAAGACGUUCUUGAAAGAUGAAAAUGUACAGGAUCUCUCAAAACAGAGUUGUUCGCUUCAAUAUAAAUAUAUUAUUGCAUCCGCACGUCAAAGAAAUCCAGGUGAUUUAACAGAGAGCCAACUCUUAAACAUUUCAUUAGAUCAUUAUACUACAUUGAGACGUGAGCAGUUGCAUGCUGCUCGGUUGGAGAUCUUGCGGGCUAUGAAGAUAGAGGAAGAGGAUGCAGAAAAGUUGCGACAAGGCCGAUAUUCUGAAAUACCUCCAGACCGGUUACUGACCUAUAGAAAAAGAUGUCUUGCACUCGGGAUUCCGGACAAAAUAGGUCGUUGUUUAAAUAUGGAACCGUUGUCUCCUGUUUCAGAGGAAAAUGACCGAACUGUCAAGAAGCUUCCCACUACACUACAACGUCCAAAUACUAAAAUUGAGAAAGAAACAAUUGACCAGAAUGGUGGUAUCUGGAUUCCUGUCGGAACCCCUUUUAUUUAUGGGCUAUUCGAAGAGAGAUGUGAUUACAUUCAGGAAUCAUCAUUAGCCAACUUCAUACGUGCUCAAGCUGUUAUUUCACAAAGACUGGGUUUCGAAGGACAUGAUGAUGAAAUCUCAAGUCUAGAUACUACAUCAUCCAUCCAGACUCACUCAGAGGUUACAACUAGCCAUAAUCAAGAAGUCAAAGUGGAAGAGUCACCCAGAGCUUCUGAACAGCUUAAUAACUUAGAUAGUGACUCAAGCAAAAUAAGAAUACAAACAAGCCCUUCCAAGUGUUUGGAGAUCCUGGAUGAACCAAUUACUCCUAGUAGUUCCGCUCUUGUAAGUGACUCAGAAACACUAGCUUCUCCGCACUUUACUCAGAGCCUUAAUUCAAGUCCUGCACUAAGUCUUGCGGAUACUCAAUCACCAUCCUUUAAAGCCGUUAAUCUGAACCGAAAACAUAAUCAUACAAAGAGGAAGAUAUCGACUCCUGCUCCUGUUUAUCAAAACCAAGUGGGAGAGUUCACUUCAGCUCUCAGUCCCUCAAUAUCUACCAAUCUCAAUAAUGAUGAACUUACAGAUACAUCUCAGUCAUCAGUUUGUGUGGCUCGACGAUGGAGAAGAUCUCUUCUGUCAGCACUUUCUACGGUGUACAGCCAUCGUCAUGCUUAUGUGUUUAUGCAUCCUGUAACUGAAGAUAUAGCUCCCGGGUACAGUACUGUUGUUUAUGAGCCAGUGGACUUAACGUCCCUUAGGCGCCGUAUGGAGUCGUCACUCAGUUACUUGAUCAGUUCUCAGCAGCCUUCUGCUCUAAAUCCAUCUGUUUCUUCUUAUCGAGUUAUCAUUGAGAUCGCAAGACGUUUCAUUCGUGAUCUUUUGCUAAUGUUUAUGAAUGCAAGAAUGUACAAUAGUCAAAAUCACGAAGUCCACCGAAUGGCUGGGGAGAUGUAUCAUGACGUCAUUAGUGAACUUCAACCUCUUUGGUCUAUUAUGGCUGAGGAUAUUCCAGGAUUCCCAUCUCUGCCUUUAUUGAAUCUAACUCCUCCACAGACUACGCGUUCCUUACAGCAAUCUAUUGUAGUGUCGACUGCCCCAACUACUAGUCCUUCACAUCCUGCUUCAUGUGUGCUUAAAGAUGAGGAGUCGAAUGCUAGCAAGCAGUCUUCUAGUUUUUUCAUCAAGCAAAACAAACGUUCUGCUCCUGAAGGUUCGUCUCCUUCUAGUCCACUGCCUCGUAAACAUCGUCAUUCGUCUGGAAGUGAUUCUGCAGUCGGAGCUAUUACAACGCGAUCUAAAUAAAGUUCAUGUCAUUUUGUAUCUACGUUAUUAAAGUUAUUGUAAAAUAUAAUAUUAUUUCUUAGUUGGUUUUUUGUAUAUUCGGUUUUUUAAUCUUACAGUUACGUAAACACUUUAUAUGUUUUAUCUUCUAGAAUUUAUGAAUGCCUUUUAAGCUGAAAGCCAUAUCCAAUUUCGAUGUGACGAAAGAUGAACGCGAUGGAAAAGUUCGUGAUGUAUGUGAUCAUGCUGUUUGGAGUCUUUCUUCAUGCAAACCAGGUCAUGGUAUCGACCAAUUGUUGAGUGAAUCUACUGAUACAUUUUGGCAAUCAGAUGGUCCACAACCACAUUGUGUUAAUAUACAAUUUCCCCGAAAAAUGGUUCUUUCAAAAUUAUGUUUAUACACUGAUUACAAAGUUGAUGAAAGUUAUACACCUAGUAGGUUGGCCAUACGAGUUGGGAAUACUAUACACGAUCUUAUCGAACUUCUAGAGGUGGAACUACAGGAACCUACUGGGUGGUCAGUGAUUCCACUAAACUGGCCUGAUGGAUCUCCGUUACGAACCUUUCUUUUACAGAUUGCCAUUUCAGCUAACCAUCAAAAUGGUCGUGACACACAUCUGCGUGCCAUCCGACUUCAUAGUCCUGUGGAAUGUCGUGGCUUAGACACCUUAGCGCCUUUUGUCAGUCGCGAAGGUCGUGCUUUCAUGACUAUUCGUUAGUUUUUACUGUUUCUUCUAUCGUUUACUUAUAACUAAGUUAUAUUGUCAACUGCACUUCAAAUCAUUUGCAGUCAUAGGUUAUUAGUAAUACCUAGUGACUUUGGUUAAUUUUGUGGUUUCGGCUGUCAUAUUUGUGCACUUCACUGUAUUGGUUUAGAGCAGAUGGUUUGUUGAAUAUUUUAUAUUUGGUGAAGAUUUAACCAUAUCGGCAAUAAUCUACGGUGGUUUAUGACUAUUGAACCAUUAUCGUGAAGUAAUUAAAUUUUUUCUUCCACCUUUCAUUUCUGAAAGUAAAAUCUUUUUGAUCUUCGUCUCAUUUAAUAGGAUAUGGACAAAUAUCCAUCAACACUUUCACGCCGAAAUUAUCUUAUGGAAAGUACAUUAACUACAUCUACUAAGCUGGGUCUUUUAUCAGUUAGUGAUUUGAUCUUUCGUUGACGCAUUGUACAGGUUUUGGAAGUUUUUCUUUUUUGUUUUUUCCCCUAUUUAAAAAAACAGCUAAUAUCCAACACACCUUUCGAGUCCUAAGUUAGUCGUUAGUUACCUUUUAUUCAAAGAUCUGUUAAAAGUAUCGGGUAUCACAUAUAACAAAGUUCGUCCCUUGCGAAUAAUUCGCUACUAGCUGUUAAGAUAUGUGGUCUGUCAAUUCGCACGCGAUAAGUUCGCCGAUCAGAACACAAUUCAUACAAUCUUAGUAUUCUGCUAAACCAAUGGCGUGUUGACCAGUACGAGGAACCUAGAGUCAUUAUUAAACUGGACUUUACGUUAUCUUACAUGAAGGAAAACAAUAAAGAUACAGUUCAAGUGAUUUUGAUAAAGUGUCAAUAACACGCAUACACGUUACUCAGAUUGAUUAUGAGCAACCAACAUUCACUCCAGAGUGAGGAAUGACGGUUUCAAAGAUACUCAAAUAACACGUAUGUAAGUGCCCUCAAACUAACUCAACCUCCAUACUGUAUCCAUAAUUCAAGUCUUUGUAAAUCCAUUGCAGUCUGACAGAUUUGUAGGGUAGGAUGUUUCACCAAUGAUACAUCCUAUCAGUCCUAUGGAAUUCAUGAAUACACAGGUUAAUCUAAUAGUCGGAUCUGUUUGAUGGGCCAACGUACUUAGACGAUAUAUCACCAACCAAACACAACCUAGUUAGUCUUUUAUACACCAUUUUGUCAAACAAAUGUUAGAGUAUGUGAAUUCUGUUAUGACUUUCGUCCUGUUAAUUACCAUGUGACAAAAUCGCCAAUCCGAACACUGACUUAUAUUACCUUGUUCUUAUGCUAAACCAAUGAUAUGUCAAAACAGCACUAGCAGACUUGUGUCAACUCUGAACUCCUGUUGGUCCUUCUUGCCUAGCACUGACCGUUGAGUCCAGAAAGUAAUCUCAGCCUCCACUCUAUGAAUAAUAUAUUUCAGACGCACAUGGUUUAUGUACAGGUGAACCUAGCCACGUCUUGCUAUAAAACAAAAAACCAUUAUACAGGACCAAGUUAAGAAGUGGUUGUAACUAAUAAAUUUGGAACGAUUUAGGAAUAGUAAAUCGUACAAUAGUAGUAAACAGGUCAAAUAGAAGUUUAUGACAAAAGAAAUGUAAAUAUAUGUAGUCUAGUUACUCAACAGUUGUGCAAUAGGAAUGCAUAUAUAAUAAGAGUCUGUAAAUAGUUCCUGUAAGUUAUCCAUACACUAUUUUUUUCGUAUAUGACAGUAGCUUUCUGUCUUAUCGCUUUAAUAAACAUGUAACGAUGACGAAAUUCUCUCGGAAGAGAGCAAUGUCUGACAAUGAUGGUUCAGUCGAGCAAAUUUUCACGAUGCUCAGAAGUGGUGUGACCACGUUCCAUGAGUUGUGUAAAUUUGAAACCUGAUUUACUUGGUGAUCUUAUUAUUGGUUAGAGAGACAUGAAUCAAACGAAACAAUAAUUUUGGCCUAUAAAACACCGUUUAGAUACAUGCUUAUUAAUGACAAUUAUGUUAUAUUUCAAGAAGAAGACUUUAGAGUCCUGUAGCUGAGUAACUUCAGAUCUAAAUGCUGUUUGAAAUUUAGUCACUGACUUCCGGAAGUUGUCUAGCCUUAUGUGAUAAGCAAGCAUUAUAAUUUGCUUUUAGUCAUGGUUGAUUAGAAGAGCACUCAAUACUGUUUCAAUCAAUGUUGUAUCUGAAUCGAUUGGUAAACUUUUCCAGUCAGUUGUAUUCACUAGUUCAGUCGCAAAAAUGCAUCAGUGCAUAAAAGCCACUUAAUUAGUUCUCGAGUGUAUGUUCGUUGGUGCGGUCAUGGCACAGGUAGAUUCUGCCGUUUUUGUUGUUGAGUGCUGUCAUGUAAUAUCAGUCAAGUUGUUAGAAUAAGGAAAAGCAUGGUGUUUUUGUGCAGGUGGAUUCAAGUCCUUUCAUGAUUCUCAUUCACAUUUCAUCCCUAUUUAUUAUACUCAUUGAUAUUCGGCUCCUGAUUCUAUUGUCAGUUAUUUUGAGCACAGCAUGAAAUUUCUUCUCUUCUAUGUAUAUGAAUAAAAUUUUAGUAUUCAGUUUGAUUAUUACUAUGAUUGUAACUUCCUAAUGUUUGUAACAGUUCUAUUUUCACGCGUUCAUUGAACUUCUGUUGAUUUGUAAUGUAUCCUAAUUUUGUAUUUCCAUUGUUCUCAUAUCACUUGUUGACAGUCAUUCUUUUUAAUAACUGUUGAUAUUUGCUGUUUAGAUUAUCGCCUGUUAAUAACUUUCUCAUGACUAUCUUAAGAAUCUGUCUAAUUUCGAAUACAUUUGCGUGUACAAAUGCUGUAAACUACCUACAAACGAAAGUUUGUAAACAUUCCAGAUAUAUUUUCGUAAUAAUGGUAAAAUUGUAUUAUCGAUUCCUCUGUUCCGACCUCUACGAUUUCAUCUGUAACCGGGUCGGUCGCUUAAUUUGUUCGAUCUGUUAAAUAUCCUGUGAAACCAAUCUUUUGUUUUACAAAUUAUUUCUAUUUUACCGUAGUAAUUUAGAUAUAGCUUCUACGUUUAAUUUCUUUGCUAACCGAAAACUGCCGACAGUACAAAUUGGGCACACAGAACUAGGUAUUAAUAUGCAUCUAUAUGGUAACACGUGUAAUACUAAGAUUAUUUGGCUGUCUCUAGUUGGGUGCACGAGUACUGAUUGAGAUGUAUGAAUGUCUUAACGAUUACUUUCUGAUAUUGGGAAUUAAGACAACUCUCAUGAUGUACGAAAGGCAUAGAAGCGGAGCUCUUUUCGUAUAAUACCACCUGACUUAUUGAUACCUUUCCACAAUGAGAAACAAAUGAGUUGAUGGAAGGAAAAAAGUAUCUGGUGAGCGUAAUAGUAGUACAUGAAGUAUGUAUCUGUAGACGUGGGUGUGAAUGAUUUAUGUUAUUUCCACUGAUUUUAAUGCAUAGUUCCAUCCAUAAUUUCCCUCAUAUCACAUCGGUUUCUUCAGUAGAUAAAUUCAAUAUGAAAACCAAUAAAAUGCAUUCCAGGUUAGUAAAUUCACUUGAGAACACCUUAAUGGAACUAAUAAAUCUGGGAUCCAUUGCAUAAUACUAAGUGGUUGGAGUAGCGCGAUAGUAAGUUCUAUCUUCAAAACAUGUAUGAGACAUCAACAUGAAAACUGCAAUAACAUUAGGUUAUUCAUCAUGGUUUAAAGAUUAUUACAGGCUCUUUCAUCGACUUUAAUGUAAUUUGUGACAAAAUCCUACACAAUAGACUCAAUUUACUGAUGUGUGAAAUGAAGUUAAAGUGUGGAUAGAUAGUUUCCAAGUGAGGCGGAAUAAACAAUAUUUAAUUUUAUGAUGGUUAGAAGUAUUUGGAUUAUUGUGAUAGAUGUGAAUCCACUACUGAUCGUAUUAUAUUUAGAGUUCUUAAUGACUUCGACUUUCCAACAGAAACGACGGACUUGAUACUGCUAAUGUCAACAAUAAAGUCGCAGAAAGCAUCAGUGGACAAAUGCAAUCGUUUUUGAAUUUGAAGUGAGUUAAUGUGUGAUUAUCAAAAGUACCAAAAUAAUUAAGAUCCGUAUUGCAAAGCAACCGAAAACAGUGUAGCGGUAAAUAAAUCCCCAAAAUAAAUAGCUCUUGGACUCACCUAGCUGAAGGCGCUCGGUCAGGCAUCCGCACCAGAUCACGUGUGGUAACGCCGUGCUCAACAUCAACCGCAAUCGCUAGCCAGAUUAGAUCAGAGAAUUCCGAUAUAUUGGUCAUCGCCAAAUAUACUCUUCCGAUCUCCUCGACUCUGUCUUUUGAUUUCUCUUGGUGGGAACGAAAUAUAUUAGGUGUUACUGGUAGAAGCGUUGUCAAACACUGAAUACCUGUGACAUCAUCAACAGCUAUCAUUACUCUCUUUGGACUUUAUGCGUAUGUUGACGACUACCUAAUAGCAAGUCCGGACAGAGAAUCACAUCUCAAGCAUCUGGAUCUUGUUUUCGACCGACUGCAAAAACAUGGCAUUACUGUAAACAUUCAGAGAUGCCAGGUUGGAACUGACUCAUUAGACUUUCUUGGACACACUAUCGAUGCUCAAGGAAUUCGACACCUUAGAACCAAAGUGGCGGCCAUUCGGGAUUACCCAGAACCUACCACCGUCAAGC